UAAUGUCUUAGACUUUAAAGUCACUCCAACUACACAACAUACAAAGAACAUUUAAUUUAAAAUAACAUAUAACAUUUUGAUAUGGAGAAGAUAGUGAUUUGCAUCAUAGGAUCGGGCAACUGGGCAACGACCAUAGCUCGCAAUGUGGGAAGGAAUGUGAUAAAUUCGCAAACACUUGAUGAAAAGGUGCCCAUGUAUGUGUACGAGGAAAUAGUUGAUGGUCGUAAGCUCACCGAAAUCAUCAACACCACCCACAUAAAUGUCAAGUAUAUGCCGAACUUUGAGCUGCCACCAAACAUUGUGGCCGUGGAUGAUAUUGUGGCCACGGCAAGAGAUGCCGAUAUUAUAAUAUUUGCCAUUCCGCCUACUUUCGUUAGCAGCUGCUGCAAGACACUCUUGGGCAAAGUUAAGCCCACGGCCCAUGCCGUUUCGCUGAUCAAGGGAUUUGAGCGCGGCGAUGAUGGGCAGUUCGUCCUGAUUUCCCAAAUAAUUAUGCGGCAGCUAAAGAUUCCAUGUUCAGUACUGGUGGGCUGUAAUUUGGCCCACGAAAUAGCUCAUGAUCACUUUGCCGAGGGAACAGUUGGCUGUCGAGAUCAGAAGUAUUAUCGAGUGCUGCACGACAUCUUCAAGUCGCCCACAUUUCGAGUGGUGGUCACCGAGGAUGCAGACUGUGUGGAGAUUUGUUCCACGUUGAGGAACAUAAUUGCCUUUGCGGCUGGCUGUUCAGAUGGAAUGGAGCUGAAUGAAAACACCAAGGGAGGAAUCAUUCGGAGGGGUUUUCUGGAAAUGCUCCAAUUUGUGGAUGUUUUUUACCCGGGUUGCCGCAUGGGAACUUUUUUUGAGUCCUGCGGUAUAUCCGAUUUGGUCACCAGUUGCUAUGCCAAUCGAAAUCGCAAGUUGGCUGAGGCCUUUGUGAAGACAGGUAAGCCGCUGAGCGAACUGGAGCACAUCCUUAUACCAGGACACGAGCCUCUGGGUCCAGUGACAGCUGAACUAGUGCAUCACAUGCUGAAGAAGAAGGGUUUGGAGGAUAAAUUCCCCCUUUUCACAUGUGUGUACAGGAUCUGCACUGGAGACUAUCCGCUGCACCGCCUGGUGGAAACUCUGAUCAAAGCACGCGAGGACAUCUUCCACCCGAUGCAUACAUUCCAGCUCUGAGGCGCUCCUUUCAAUGUUUAAUAAGAUUUAAAUAAAACAAAUUCGCAUCUCAAACACAGCCAAACAAUUUGCUUUCUUAUCGUUUAGCUGGGAAAGUGGAGCACAUGCUGCGACUGGGCUUUGUCUCUGAUAUACAUAAGUACAUGUAUAAAGUAUUCGCCGGCAAAUGCGGCAGGACGCUCCGCUCGAUGUUCAAACAAAGCCCCUCAACAAUUGUAUUGUGCGUCUUUUCUUGCUGCAGUUCAAGUAUUCCCUUGCGGAGAGUGCACUCCAUUGAAUGCACCAACGCUCCGAGCAUAACAAAAAACAACGGAAAUCACUUCAGUCGGGGAUCCGGAUCCGGAUGAAUGGAAAAGAAAGCCGCCCGCUUUUCCAACUCAUUGUUUUCCAUGGCUCAACUAUAAAUUUAUGUGUGUUCCUCUGUGUCCGGUAGUUUUACUUCUCAGCAUUGUAUUGAGGAUGAAGUGCUUUCCAAUCCGAAUUGAGGAAAUGGGAGCAACCGCUGGAUGACUUGUCGAGAUCCCCAGCCAGGGGUUCACUGAACUAUUCAAGCAGAGCCCUAUAUGUCAAUACGUUUUUAGGCAGUGUACGAACUCAAUCACGAACGAAAACAUCAAUAUCUGAAAGUCAGAGCUCCAGUAAAAUAUUUUUUUAAAGCAAUGACCAACAACGCGUCUGAUCUCGUCCAAAAAAAGAAAAAGUUAACAAUGCAACGACGUAUACUUUUCGUGCUUGCAAUACUUCCAAUAAUAUUUCUAAUGAUCUGGACAGUACUCAAGAAAGAAGAACCGUCUCCGGCAGUUGCAGCCAACGAUGGUAACAAAACUUGCAAGACGAAUGGAUUCUGGAGCAUGGUAUUCGAUAUUUAUUACUAUUUCUGGGAGGAUAAAAGGCCAAUAGCCACUGUGAAGCCAAAAGGCUAUUUUGAAAAAAUCUGGAACAAUCUCAAUCGCUAAGCAAAAUCUGCAAACCAACAAACACAGCAAGAUUCGGGCCGACUUACUACAAUUUUUGUAAGGGUGAAACUUAAGCUUGAGCCAAAGAGCUAUGUUGAAAAUCUCGAAUCACUAAAUCAACAUUCAUUUUCGGCUUUGCUAUUUUGUGCCUUUUUUUUCAGGCAUAAUUAAAUCAAAGCGACAAAGGCAGUAAUCAGCGGGCAGGGGUGUGAUGCUGCGGCUUGAUUGCAUCCGGAUUACGUAAACGGAUUAGUUCAACUGUCGAAAUUGUCCAAAUUGAUUACAUUAGCAAACAACAUUUAAUCCGUGCCGGAUGACAUUUAUUGUGUUGGAUUGCGUUCUGUGAUAUAUUUUUAAAUUGUGCGCACGUGUGAAACAAUAUGUAAAUUAUUUAUUAAUAUACUAAAAUAUCAUCAGAUAAGCAGAAAAAAGGAACGAGAAAUUAUUAAUAAAAAUAUUUCGAAAGAUUAUAUCCAUGAAAUCACUUUCUCCAUUAAAUAUGCAUAAAUUUGUUUAUGAGAUACCAAAAAAUUAUUGCAUGCCACAUUAUGCUCAUACAG